AAAGAAAAAGAAAAAAGGGAAAGGGUUGGAAAUCACACAGCGAUACGUGCUAGUUCUUUCUCUGAAACCCUAGAAUUACACCCCAAAACAAGUGUGCGAUUUUCUCGCUCACCGGACUUUGUUUUCUCUGUGAAAAUCUGACCAUCGAUCGCCCAAAUCUCAGCCGGAGCACAGUUAAAGGUUUCAUCUUCUCAAUUAGCUUUGCAGAUCAGAAAGGCAUUGGAGGAUCACUUGUUCAUUCAGAUCUGGAGUGUAAUUCAUAAGCUGCAAGUAGUACCCAGAUUUGUACAGAAACCAGUGGUGGUGUUUUUUUAACAAUUUGGUAGACAUUUUGGGGAUAUAAAGAUGGAUAACAGCAUCCAUGGGAGUCUCCACAAUGUACAUUACUUGCAAGAACAUGAUGAUGAUCAUCAUCAUGAUGUGUUGCAGCACAUGAGAAAUGGGAAUGGGUUGGAUAAUAAUGAGCAUGAUGAUAAUGAUGGUAAUGGUGGGGAGAGUGAAGGUAUGGAGGGGGACAUUCAAGUUCAUCCUGAUACCAGGAAUCUGUCUGAUAAUCAGAAUGGGUUGGUGGCUCGUGGCGGCAAUGAGAACAACAAUAACCAGCUCACUCUCUCUUUCCAGGGUCAGGUUUAUGUGUUCGACUCUGUCUCGCCCGAAAAGGUUCAAGCUGUACUUCUCUUAUUGGGAGGCCGUGAAAUUCCUCCUACAAGCAUGCCUACUGUCCCAAUAAGCACUCAUCAAAAUACUAGGGGAUUGUCCAGUACUCCAGAGCAUUGUAGUGUCCCUCAUAGGUUGGCCUCAUUGAUUAGAUUCCGUGCAAAGCGAAAAGAACGAAACUUCGACAAGAAAAUCCGUUAUACUGUCCGUAAGGAGGUUGCAAUUAGGAUGCAACGGAAUAAAGGUCAAUUUACAUCUUCAAAACCCAAUCACGAUGAUUGUGCAUCAGCAGUAACAAGCUGGGACUCAAACCAGAGCUGGGGCUUGGAUGGUAGUGGGUCCCAGCAGCAAGAGAUUGUCUGUAGGCAUUGUGGCAUCAGUGAGAGGUCAACUCCGAUGAUGCGCCGUGGACCGGAAGGACCAAGGACCCUUUGCAAUGCAUGUGGACUUAUGUGGGCAAAUAAGGGAACCCUGAGAGACCUCUCAAAGGCAGCACCCCAAUUGGGACAAAAUCCUUCGUUGAGCCAGAAUGAGGUUUGAAGCCUAUCACUAUGCACUGGAAUGGAAAUUUUGACGCAGAUCAAAUGGUUUGUAGAAUUGCUGGAAAUGGCAGUGAUUCAUCGUGAAAACCUUUUUAGAAAUAGUUGGCUUCAUAGAGGGAUUUAAAAGGCUGAAUGUUCGGGUUUGAUGAUCUCAUCCCACUUUUCAAUAAGUUAUUUAGGCUUUUAUUCUCCAAAAUGCCCAAGAAAUUCAUGCUGAUGUGAAAUUCCCAAAACUGAAAUAUUUCAGGUUUUGUUCUUGCCCUUGGAGAAAUAGCGAGCGCUGCCCUUCUCUUUUUGCUUAGUUUUAAAUUGAUUGACUUUAUUUAAACUAGCUUGGUUGCAGUUAUUUUAUAUCAUAAUUAAAAAGGAGGAGGAGGAGAACAGUUGCUAGAUAAGGGUUGUUGUCUGAGCUACUGCUGGUGGGUUUUGUUGUGCAAUAGUCAUUCCUUGCAGAUUAUCUCUCUCUCUCUCUCUCUCUCCCCUGUGAUUUUGCUGUGUUCUUUUCUUUGUUUGUUUGUUUGGGAAAUGAAUCAAAUGAUAAUGAAUUGUAUUAUUCAGUGGAAAAGAAAAUGUUAAGGUUUAAAAAAU